UCCGGCGCCAACCGUCUCUUCGCGGCCAAAACGGGCUUGGUCUCGGCGUUAUGCAGUACACAGCUGUAUAUGAUAACCGUGGCGCUUACGGUAACACACGAUACAACGCAUAUGCAUCUCCAGGCUCGCUGGCGCCUUCUAACCCUCAGUUCUGUCCACCUACCAUCACUAUCACCAGCAGCAGUCCUCGUUCAAGUUUCAACGGCCCUGUAUCAAGAUCACGAACCACUAACGAGACUACUGACGUAUCACCAUCCCACUCUCUGCAAAGAGUUAGUGUCUACGAUCAUCCGGCUUAUGGAGCUCAACUAGUUACUGCGCCAAAAUUGAGGGUAGUCGGAGAGGAAACAGACAGCGCUACAAGAAAUAGUGGGUGGAGUAGUUGGGACGAUGGAGUAGGGCUCGAGAUGGGCGUGAAGCUUGACAGACGGUCGAAGCGUGGUCUAGAGCCUAUGAGGCCCACGUUACAGACGGUUAUAGAAGUGGAAGACGUUUCCGAGGUAGAAGACUCGGCUAGAGAAAAUCCCUCGUCUAGAAAUGGUUCCCACGAACAAAAUAUGCGAACAUACAGUCGUCCUUCGUAUUCUUCGCGAUCUCCUUCCUCCCCACUUCGCUCAAGUCCGAGGAGCCUGAGAAAUGCGAGUCCACGAACGGUCAGAAAAAACAGUGGCGGGAAAGAUACCACCUUGCUAUAUGACAUGCCCCGAUUUUCUGACUCAAGCUCGAGUGUUCCACCAGUCGGCAAAUUUACGUCGUCGAGCGAUGAGAGUGGGGCUGGUCCAAUUUCCUCUUCCUCUCCUUCACCCAAACGAAGAAGUGCGUCUACAAGAAUACAGUAUCAGGAUUUCGGUAGUGGUACUUCUGCUUCGGCCAAGCGUAGAUCCCGACGGGCCUCCCGCGCCACACCAACUCAACCCUCUCCGACGCUCACAGAUGUCCUAGUGGACGCCUACUCUUAUGUUCGUACAUAUGCUGUCUCCGAUGAUGAAUCGGGGGAACAACCUUCGCAAAGGCCCUUGAAGCGUAGUAGCACAUCAUCGAGGAGAGCUAAGCGCUCAUCCCGCAGAAAGUCGUCAAGGAAUCUCCCAGCCGGUAUCUCUUGUACACCCGAGGAGCCUUCUCAAGUGCAUUCUCGAGUUGGUACCCUCAUGCUCACCGCUUAUGGAGAGGAAGGGGGACUUGUAAAUGGCGUCUCGAGUCCCAGCAUUCCGCGAUUCGAUGGCAAGGGAAAAAGACACGCAGAGAGAAGAUCAUCGAAGGCUGCUCUGGCGGAAUCUACCAACGAAGCUCGAUACAAUCGUGCACGGGCCAUCAAUCCGCAGGGGUACACUUCCGAGCAUUCUUCGCCACUUCGGACUGCGGUCAAACUAAGCCAACGUGACAUGUAUUCCACGACUUCGACCGAAGGGGCCAGCAAACCGGGUAGAUCGCCUGCUGUCACCUGUUCUCCGGAAAGCACCUACUCGACCUAUACACAGCGGCCCGCCAUUCAAAGUUACUAUAAAAAUGUGCCUUCCUUACCGCCACUCGGCCAGCCGUCUCUCCAUCAACUAAAGCUCAUGCGAGAUAUGCCAGACUAUCGGAGCCCCACGUAUAGUAUCUAUGGCAUGUACCGCGAUGCUAAUAGAGAUAGCUCAUGGGGAAAUGGGGUCUCGCA